GUUUGAUAGAAGGAAGCAAGGCCAAAAGAAGUAGUGUAGCCCAUUCACUAUUAUAUAUGUAACUAACUCCAUUUUAGUUAUAUAAGAUGGAACAAAAUCAUAUGCAGAAGCAAAUUACCUUGGCCAAAAAUUCCCUUUUUGAACAGGGUUAUUUGGAUGAUCAAUUCAACCAACUUGAGGAUUUGCAAGAUGAUGCAAACCCUAAUUUUGUGGAAGAGAUUGUCACACUCUUUUAUUCGGAUUCGAUGAGACUAAUUCGAAAUGUAGAGACUGCACUGGAGAAUUACCCUUUGGACUUUUACAAGCUCGACGAUUAUAUGCACCAAUUCAAGGGUAGUAGCUCAAGCAUUGGUGCCAAAAAGGUGAAGGACGAGUGCACUCAGUUUCAAGAAUGUUGCAAAGCUAAAAAUGCCGAAGGAUGCAUUAGGAUAUUUCAGAAAGUGAAGCAAGAGCAUGCCACUCUAAAGAGAAAGCUUGAAACAUAUUUUCAGAUCUCGAGACAAGGCAUAAAUUUCUAAAGUUGAAUGACAAAGAAGAAUUUAUAUGCGUAGGAGAGAAAUAAAAGAGAAUCUCUUAAGCUGAAGACUAUGAUAUUUGGAUAUAUAUAUCAUCAUUUAUAUAUAUUGGAUACAUGGAUAUGGAUAUACAUAUGAACUUGUAUUAUGUAUUUGCUUUGCUUAUCAAGCUAUCAGUUUGCUUUUUUUUUUACUAUCUAAUGGAACAUCCGGCCAAUUGCAAGAUGCACACAGUUUUUAAAGCUAA